AGGAAGGAUGGCAGAAGACCAGCCGCACCUGUGCAUUCAGAUGUCAGACUCGAAUACAAAUGGCAUCCCCAGCAGAAGGCCGUCCUCGCCAGACUUAGCUGGCAGGGCAGGGAGCGUGCUCACUUUCCACAACAUCUGCUACCGUGUGAAGAUGAAGAGUGGGUUCCUGUGCUGUCAAAAAACAGCCACUAAAGAAGUUUUGAGAGAUGUCAAUGGCAUCAUGAGACCUGGACUGAAUGCAAUUUUGGGACCCACUGGCAGUGGUAAAUCUUCGCUACUUGACAUUUUGGCUGCAAGGAAGGAUCCCCAUGGGCUUUCUGGUGACAUUUUGAUCAAUGGAGCUCCUCAGCCUGCCAACUUUAAAUGUACCUCUGGGUACGUAGUACAG